AUGCCGGGUGUUCCAUCAGGACGAGGAUGCGACGCAUGUCGGCAGCAAAAGAAAAAGUGCGAUCUCUCCGAACACCCCUGUCCUCGAUGCAGACGUCUGAACAUCCGCUGUGUGGGAUUUGGUCAACGGCGAUACAAGUUCGUGCAUGACGACAAAUCGCCAUCGGCCAGCGACAGCAGCAGCAACCAUAACGGCACCAACACCAACACCAGCGCCACCGCCAAACUGCAUGGUAAGAAAACAGUAGGGAUCGAGCGCUACGCCUCUCUGAUCCGCUCUCUCGAGGGAAUCACCAUCCACGCCAGCCCGUGGAACGCCACGACGCGCCUGGCCGGCGCCUUCACAGACAUGAUCAAACCCACCGUCAGCAUCAAGUAUAACCUGGCCUGGACGUACGGGGAUUACCUCAACCAUGUGCCUUCUAGGCUAGGCGUGAACGAGGCGCUCGACAACGCGACAGACGCGUUCGUGACCGCCGUGGGGACGCUCUCGGAACACAGCAACGGUGCCGGUGCUGGGGGCACUGUUCUGGCGCUUGAAAAGUACGGACGCACGCUUGCCAGCUUGAGAAGGUGUCUAGAUGAUCCGGUCAAGGCGCAGGCCCCGGAGACGUUGUGUGCGAUCCUAUUCUUGUGGAAUUGUCAGCAAUAUAUUUGGAUGCCAGAAGGGUCAGGCCGCCACGCGGAAGGCGUCGCCCAGAUCAUCAGACUGAGAGGAUGUGCCGAGACUUCGCAGGACCCUUUCGAAUCGAAUCUCUUGCUAUCUCUCCGUGCCGUUGUGCUCUUCGACUCCCUCUUCAACGGCAGAGUCCACUUCACCGACGACGAAUGGAUCGCCAUGUUCGACAAUAAGCUCCACGGACUCACUCCCGAAGGCCAAUCCAUCCGAAUGCUGACACGGGUGCCGAACCUCAUGCGCCGGGCCCGAGCCGUACUCACAUUGACACUCACACCGCCAGUCACGCUCGUGGGCGGGACACCGCAGCAGCAGCAGCAGCAGUACCAAGACAUCCAUUCGACACUCCUGGCCCUCCAAGCCGAGGCCAACACCCUGCGCAACGACUUCGAAGCACCACUCUCCACCCUCCGGAAGCGAUGGUACGACAAUAUGCAUCCAAGACCAACAGCAGAUGUGGACGGCACGCUACCUAAUCGGCGGACUGCAUUGCUCCAAACAAUCCUACACUGCCACUUCCUGCGCACGUACUCGCUCGGCCUGGCCGUCGCGAUCAUCAUCAACGAGGUCCGGUUGGCCGUGUGUGCAGGUGUGGCGACCGGGCCGCCGUCCAGCGCCGUCAUCACGGCCAUCAUACACGAAUCCCAUGGCUUUGCGCUCGAGAUCCUCGACAUGGCGGCCCAGGCUGUGCAGUAUAGGCCCCUAGGCGUGAACGCGCUGGGCGUGUGUCUUUUGGCGGCGGAGAUCGGGGCCGGAGACGCGCAUAUGGAAACGAAGCUCCGGGCUCGGGCGUUGCGCGUUGAUUUCGCCAGGGAUUUUCGCGGUGCGCGCGAGGAGGAGGCCCAGCUGUGGAGCCAAGAGCGGGAGUGCGAGCGAUUGAUCUGUGGGAGGGAUUGGGCUGAGGGACUCGGGUGA